ACCAGGCUCUAGAAGCUGGAUUUUAAACUCACAUCUCUCCCUAGAAUUUUGGAGAGUUCUGUUAUGAUCUCUGUUGUAAGUAACAAUUUGGUUGAAGUUUAUUCUUCAAGUGAAUGUGCUAAGAAUUCAUAUAUUUCUGGAUAUACUGGAAUUAAAAGGAUUUAAGAGAUCCUGCUGUACAAACCCUAGGAUAAAUAGGAUUUACCAUUCCCUGGAUGAAGUGCUUGGGAAAUUUUUAAAUGCCAUAGUCAACUGACGUUUCAAAGAAAAAAUAGAUGGUUUUGGAAAGUUCAUGCUGUUUCUUUACUGAAUUUUAGAAUGAUUGAAGAUAGUGGGAAAAGAGGAAAUACCAUGGCAGAAAGAAGACAGCUGUUUGCAGAGAUGAGGGCUCAAGAUCUGGAUCGCAUCCGACUCUCCACCUACAGAACAGCAUGCAAGCUUAGGUUUGUUCAGAAGAAAUGCAAUUUGCAUCUGGUGGACAUUUGGAACGUCAUAGAAGCUUUGCGGGAAAAUGCCCUGAACAACCUGGACCCAAACAUAGAACUCAAUGUGGCUCGCUUGGAGGCUGUGCUCUCCACCAUUUUCUACCAGCUCAACAAACGGAUGCCAACCACUCACCAAAUCCACGUGGAGCAGUCCAUCAGCCUCCUGCUGAAUUUCCUGCUGGCAGCCUUUGAUCCGGAAGGCCAUGGCAAAAUUUCAGUAUUUGCUGUCAAAAUGGCAUUAGCCACGUUGUGUGGAGGGAAGAUCAUGGACAAAUUAAGAUAUAUUUUCUCAAUGAUUUCUGACUCCAGUGGGGUGAUGGUUUAUGGACGAUAUGAUCAAUUCUUGCGAGAAGUUCUCAAACUACCCACAGCAGUUUUUGAAGGUCCUUCAUUUGGUUACACGGAACAGUCAGCUAGAUCCUGUUUCUCUCAACAGAAAAAAGUCACGUUAAAUGGUUUCUUGGACACACUCAUGUCAGAUCCUCCCCCGCAAUGUCUGGUCUGGCUGCCCCUUCUGCAUCGACUGGCAAAUGUAGAAAAUGUCUUCCAUCCGGUUGAGUGUUCCUUCUGCCACAGUGAGAGUAUGAUGGGAUUUCGCUACCGAUGCCAACAGUGUCACAAUUACCAGCUCUGUCAGGACUGCUUCUGGAGGGGACAUGCUGGUGGUUCUCAUAGCAACCAGCACCAAAUGAAAGAGUACACAUCAUGGAAAUCACCUGCUAAAAAGCUAACUAAUGCGUUAAGCAAGUCCCUGAGCUGUGCUUCCAGCCGUGAACCUUUGCACCCCAUGUUCCCUGACCAGCCUGAGAAGCCACUCAACUUGGCCCACAUCGUUGAUACUUGGCCACCCAGACCUGUAACCAGCAUGAAUGAUACCCUGUUCUCCCACUCUGUCCCCUCCUCAGGAAGUCCUUUUAUUACCAGGAGCUCUCCUCCCAAGGACAGUGAAGUAGAGCAGAACAAACUGCUGGCUAGGGCUGCUCCAGCUUUUCUGAAGGGCAAAGGGAUACAGUACAGCCUGAAUGUGGCAGACAGGCUAGCUGAUGAACAUGUUCUCAUCGGGUUAUAUGUCAACAUGCUCCGGAACAACCCAUCAUGUAUGCUUGAGAGUUCAAACCGGCUUGAUGAAGAACACAGGCUGAUUGCCAGGUACGCGGCAAGACUGGCGGCAGAGUCCACUUCGUCUCAGCCAACACAGCAGAGAAGUGCUCCUGACAUCUCCUUCACCAUUGAUGCAAAUAAGCAACAAAGGCAGCUCAUCGCAGAACUAGAAAACAAGAACAGAGAAAUCUUACAGGAGAUCCAGAGGCUGCGGCUAGAGCAUGAACAAGCUUCUCAGCCCACUCCAGAGAAGGCACAGCAAAACCCCACUCUGCUGGCAGAACUCCGGCUCCUCAGACAGCGCAAGGAUGAGCUAGAACAGAGAAUGUCUGCUCUCCAGGAGAGCCGGAGAGAACUAAUGGUCCAGUUAGAAGGUCUCAUGAAGCUACUAAAGACCCAGGGGGCAGGUUCUCCUCGCUCCUCCCCCAGCCACACCAUCAGCAGGCCCAUCCCCAUGCCCGUGAGGUCAGCAUCCGCCUGCUCCACCCCGACUCACACUCCUCAGGACUCUCUCACAGGGGUAGGGGGAGAUGUACAGGAGGCGUUUGCACAAAGUUCCAGAAGAAAUUUAAGGAAUGACUUACUAGUGGCAGCGGAUUCCAUCACUAACACCAUGUCCUCUCUCGUGAAAGAGCUGAAUUCCGAGGUGGGGAGUGAAACGGAGAGUAAUGUGGAUUCUGAAUUUGCAAGGGCUCAGUUUGAGGAGCUGGUUCCAUCACCAACCUCUGAAAAGGCUUUCCUAGCGCAAAUCCAUGCCCGAAAACCUGGGUACAUUCACAGUGGAGCUACCCCAAGCACUAUGCGCAGUGAUGUGGGUACAGAAGAUGGGGAUCCCUACAUGCGGCCCGAGGAGGAGAACUAUGAGAAUGACUCAGUCCGGCAGCUGGAGAAUGAACUCAAGAUGGAGGAAUACCUGAAACAGAAGCUGCAGGAUGAAGGCUAUCAGGUCAGCUUGCAAGGUUGAACACAAUAUCCUUUUAUCACUCUCCUCUCAAGCAAACUAUAGUCAGAAAGUAACAUGAAAGCUGGUGAUGAAGGGGAGCUGCACCCACCCACACAGAGGAGAAGACAGCAGCCUGGCAGCAACCUCACCGGAGAGAGGAACCACCAUACCCAGCAGCUCCUGACAGACCCCCACCCCUAAAGAUGUGUUCUGCUGACUAUAGUGCAGCUAACGUUUUGUUCUAAGAUUUGUAGUUCAUAGUUGUGUGUUUUAAGAAGGAAAAAAACAAACAAACAAAAAAAAAGACUUAUGUUCAAAACUAACUUAUCAGCUAUAUCUUCUGUAACGUGGCUCAUCCCUGGUUAAAAAAAAAAAAGUCACAGGCUGAAAACCCAUGCUGCUGUUACUCACGAUGGCAGUAUUAACAAGCAUUUUAAACCUUUGCACAUGAUAUUGAACCUGUUCAGUUUACAGUGACAAUAUUAAUACUGUUUAUAGCUAGAGGUUUGAUUUCUGAAUUCUUUGAGAUUUUAGCAAAAGAGUUUAUUAUACAAUGUACAUUUUUUCCACAGCAAUUGGGAAAAAACAACCACUUGCAAUUAUUCAUUGACUCUGAAGGAUUUGGUUCCUGAGUGUACAGACUCAGAGGUCCUUGGCCUGCACAGUCUACCGUUGUCUCCAAGUCUCUGUGUGUGGUAACUUGAACCAAACACACCAGGAUAAUCUAGUCUUUGGGGCUUCUUUCCAACUUGAGGUUGUUUUCUUUCAAGAUAUUCUAGCAAAUCAGCCAUAGAAUUUAGUGUAAAUAUUUUUUUCCAAAUAGAUAUCAUAUUAAAAAAAAAGACAACAUUCAAAUUAUAUAGAAUCUAGUUUUUAAAAUCAGCACAGAUCUUCUUAAAACUGUGAACUAUGUUUUGAAAUACUCGUUACUAAAGCUGUUUAUAAACCACAGGUGCCAUAAGAUCCCCAAACAGACUAACGUGAUCUCUGCUCUUCAAUGGUCUUGUUCCUUUCAUUUUAGUGUUAGGGAGCAUGUCUCUAACAACACCACUCAUCCACAAGUUCCCCUAUCAGGUUGUCUGGAGGCCUUCAGCUUUAAUUGUACAGGCUUAAAGUGCGCUUGCAAAAACGUUUGCUCUCCUUUUAUUUCUGAAUGUUUAUUGCCUUAGCUGGCUAGCUGGUGUUCUGCAUGCAGCCUUCUGUGGUCAUGUGAAAGGAAACAAGCUCUUCUAAAUUGAGUUGGGAUUUUGCACUCAGGGAAAAGCUGGUGUGCAAAAGAAUUGUCAAAGAAGGGAGAAAGAAAAACUCCGUUGAUGGCCCUUUAUAAGGACUCUUUUUGGGGAGCACUAACAACCUCCCUUAGGAAUUCUUGGGAAAAGAAAAAAGAACCUAUCUUUUUCAAGAUUUGAUGAAAUAAAAAUCCUGCAAUGUAUUAGAUACAUUGUACUUAAAUUGGCAGCUUCUCUGGAAUUCCUACUUGUCCUUUAAAAGAAAGAAGAGAACAUCAUUUUAGACCUGUGGUUCUCAAAGUGUGUUCUCUGAACCAGAAAGCAUUAGCAUCACCUGGGAAUUUAUUUAGAAAUGCAAAUUUUGGGGCCCCAACCCAGGCCUAUAGAAUCAGAAAUUCUGGGAGUUUGGCCUAGCAAUCUGUGUUUUAAUAAGUCCCCAAGGUGAUUGUGAUGCAUGCUAAAGGUUGAGAACCUCUGCUUUAGAAUAAAGUAUAAUAAAAUCUCUAAGAGGCCUUAUUCAGAAUGAACAAGAAAGGUUCUGUGUCAACCUUAAAGCUUCAGCAAUUCGAUUUUGCUUUCCAGGUGUUUCUUUCCAGGUGGGCAGAAACCUUCUCCCACCCCAAAUAGUCAGUAGUUGGUGGGUGCCCAGCUGAGAACAGACAUCCUGACAUCUUCCAGCUCCCUCUCCAGAGGGCUCUAAGAUAUUCCUGUCUCUAAAUUUGGUCAGAAACCAUCUCCUUGGCUGCCCUUUAGAACAAAAUCACUUGCCUUGGGGAUAGUAAAGCUCUUAGCUGGCAUUAGUAAGGAACCCAUUCUAUUCAUUGAUGUAUUUAAUCAUACUUCCGUCUAGAGGACCAGUCUGACAAAUGUCCCUGAGAACAGGCUGACACCAAAGUGGCACAACUGCACAGUUCUCAGAUUUCUUUGCACAGAUGGAUUUUAUUGCGGGUUUUGUUGAUAUAUUUUAAUGUUCAUCUCCUUUCCACUGCCCAUCUUCUGUGAAACCAUACCUCUCUAGAUGGAGCAGGUGGUCCCUGGUGCCUCAUACUCAGUACUUAAAACCACUACAUCCCAGCUACCUAUAUUGCUGUCAGCUCUAACUCAUAGCCAGGUAGUUCUUGAACACAGAACUCUGAACCUGCAGGUGGCAUGCAGCCACUGACUGCACUGUGCUGACAUAUGUUAUCACUUUGUGUUUCUACAUGAGAAUGUUUGUCUAGGGUUUGAACUGUUUUGCUGAUAAUCUUCCCCCUUGUCGUAGCUUUCAUUGCCAACUCCAUCACACGGUUGUUGAUACCAUCGUACAAAGCCAUUGCAAGGACUCUGGAAACUGCUGCCAAUGACCAAUUCCUGACUAACCAGCCACCUUUUCUUUCUCUUAGCUCCACGUCAGCACUGAGACCAGACUCAAGCACCCCUGUCCUGUAAUCGAGACAAAAUGGCGUGUGUUAUUUUGGGUUUUUGUGGUUUUUGGUGGAUUUCUUUCCUUGGCUCUCCAAAUUUACUUUUGGGGCCUGUUCUAAGAGCAAACCCAGCAGGUUUUACCUGUCCUGUCCAUUAGGUACUAUUAUAUUUUGUGGGGGGUGUUUCUUUCUUGUUCCACGAUGAAUUGCACAUCCAUCUCCAUCAGAGAUGAUGGCCUAUUAAUGAGCACUGGUCUAACACAGCCAACCCUCCUCCACAGCACCAUGGUAAUGGAAGGAAGGAGGAGGGUGAAAUCUACUGUAUGGGAUUCAGGAAUCAGUUGUGGUUGGUCAGGAUGGAAGUCGGGGUAAGUUUGGUUGGUCAGAGGGAGAUGUGCUGGAGAUUGUGAAAAAUGGAUUCUCGAAUGGUAAGGCAGGGAAGGUUCAUUUGUAAGUAGUAAUGUGAACUUAAUUGCAUAAGAGUGUGGCCUUUGUUGUGAUAUACUAUGUAUUUUCUUAUAUGCAUGAGCCAAACUGUUGCAUCAUAAUUUAGCACUGAUGUCUGCUUUUAUUUUUAUCAUCUUUGUCCACCUUUAUUAGUUCUUGGCUGUUAACUGUAGAUAAACAUUGUAAAUACAGCAACUUUUGGUUGCUGCAAUCAACUUGGUUCGAUUCCAUGCAAGGAGCCACAAACAAGAACUCCACUGUGUCCUCAGAAGAAAGGGCAUUUUUACUUUUGAACCAAAAAGAGAAAAAAAAACAGAAGUAUUACAUCUUGAGGCUAAUUAACUGUAAGACAUUUUUAAUUAUGACUACUGUAAUUUGACACCAUUUGAAGUAACCAAUUCAGAGACCCUAAAGAUUUCACAAUAUUCAUUAGUAUUGUAACAAAACUACUAUUGUAUGGAUUUUUUUUGUAUUGCUGUUAAGUAUUGUUGUGUGUGUGUGUGCGUGUGUGUGUGUGUGUGUUGGAACCUCCUGGGGACAUGUUAUAUUUUGAAGUGAUUACACUAUUUAAUUGUGUGUCUAUAUUUUGGAAUGGAAUUAUUUCUUCAUUAAAAAAUGUUUUUAAAAA